AGAAAAUUGACAAUAGCUUCCUUUCUUCAAUGAUCUAAACCAAUUACCUGGCACCCUGGCGCUAGAUUCCAUGAACAGUCGAUAGUCCAGGGCCUGACCAGAAUAGCCCCUGAAGUCAAAUAUCUAAACCAAUCACUUGGCACCCCUGGCGCUAGCGACAAACAAUAGUCCGUACGCAUCGAGCCUCACAAGAAUACGACGUGUUAUGGGUAAGUUUGCCCCGGGGUCAGGUAUCCGUGCUCACUUAGGGGGCGAAAACGUUUGCUCCAGACUGCGUUGCUUCGCAUAGUCAGUAAUCUAAAUCAAUCACUUGGCAAGGGCAGGUGGAAUGCUGGAUAAUAAAAAGCACCAUGUUCCUCGUCAAGAAAUAAUCUUGCACAGGCGAGCAAAGAUAAAUCCUGUGGCAAGCCGGUUUCUAUCCAGUGCAACAUGUUGCUUCAUCACUUCCUGGCGCUGACAGCGUCAUUCAGCCUAGCCUCUGCCAAAUGCGUUAGCCGAACCACCGGCGGCCCGGACAACACCAUCAGUUCGGCCAGCACCGGCAGCCCGGUCAGCACCGACGUCCCCGUCAGCACCGAAGACAACCCGGUCAGCACCGACAGCCCGUCCAGCACCGACAGCCCGUCCAGCACCGCCAGCCCGCAAGCCACCCAAAUAUGUCAAGCCUACGGAUCUAGGUCGUCGCAAACUGAAGCAAUCCUCACUUCUACCCUGCUUGUCGACAAUAGCUUCAGCGGAUGCAGUGCGCUUUGCAGCACGACAUCGGGUUGUCAGAGUUUCUCUAUCCAAAUCGAAACCGGCGGCGCGUGCAGCCUGUACGACAGCGUUCUAUACACAGAUUUCAUUCCAGGCUCGAGCGGUCCGACCAUCUUUUUCGAUGCUGACUGCCCGGAGCCUGUGGUCUCGGGACCCUCUAUAUCUCCGUACACGCCGUCCACUACCUACGCUUCUGUGCCCACCGCCCCGGGAUCAGUAGCGACAUUCUCUGCAUAUGUAUCCCCGACCAUCUUGUCAACAGACAGUCCGCCAUAUACUCCAACCGGUCCGCGGGAGACGCCGACCGAUGACAACGAAUUCAUCGCGACGUACACAUACACCGAGUUCCAACUCACCGUGGAGGCCACGGGAUCACCGCCAAUCACGACUGGCGUCCCUCAUCCUACCGGGACGGACUUACCAGAUCUGCCGUGCAUGGUAUCGCCAGGGCCGCAGGCACCGUUUAGCGUUCUCAACGAAAACUUCUUGCCCAUGGUCAGCAGGACCAACUCGAUUGGUCCUCUGUUACAGCCCACUGAAGCGCCUGCUGCGGAUGACCCCAUCCUCAACCCGGAGACGUUCACCUUGCCUGCCUUUUAUCUCCAAGCGCCCGCAGGCGUUUCGGGUGUGUAUGACCUGGUAUAUGAUGGGGAUACACCUCAAUAUGUCGGCAUGACCACCGACGGAGAGGUUGUUCUCGUGGACGCGUCGACAGGACCGACUUUCAAUGGUGGCAAUGUUGUUACAUCCAUCUUCAACGUCGACUGCCUCGGCGCCAUCCACAUCACAUACGGCGGCUCGAGCUACACGUGGUCCACGGAUGGACAGUCGUGCACAAUAGUGCAAGCGUCGACGCCCUCGAACAACAUGAAGGCCCUUCCCGUCACCAUCCCUGAGGUCCACGAACUGCUCAAGGACCGCAAGCGUACGCAGGAGCUUGCGGAGACGCUCAUGAGGCGGGCAAAGCUGCAAGAGCGGGUGAAUGCGGAUUUCAACGCCCCGCAGUGUCCCUCUACGCCUCCCGGCCUGGUCUCCAAGACAAAGCAGGGCUAUGAGAUGGACCAAGGCAACUUCUGCGACAACCCUCACCUCUCCGAGUACUGGGGACUCAGUCCAUUCUCUUUCGACGGAUCCUGCAUACUUCAGAGUCUUUGCUACGAUCAGUGCGAGGAUUUCAGCUGGGUGGGUUGCAACGCCAUCUUCGCCUACUCGAUGCUUCUCUCGUGCGCGAAAAACUUUGAGAACUGGUGGGAGGUGCUAGAGGCCGUCGCCUGUGCUGCGCAAGCAGGCUACUUCACGGGCGUCGCUGCAACUCAAACGGGUCGCGAUCUCUACUACAAGGCUCAGGACUCCAUGUGCUACUGCUUCUGCUCCAACCCUCCUGAUACGUGCGUCUUCACCGAUGGCUCUUUCUACUGUGCUGAUAUACACGGCACCGACAACAACAACUGCGGCAACUGUGGAAGGCAGUGCGGCGCGAACUCGGCCUGCCAUGGUGGAGUCUGCGGAUGCCCACGAGACCAGUGCGGUACAACAUGCCUCGACUUGCGCAACAACCCCAACAACUGCGGCCGCUGUGGCAACGUCUGUGACCCACAGUACUGCAUCGGCGGCGAAUGCUACGUGCCAAGCCCGGACGAGUGCGCACCCGAGCAAAGCGUCACAAACUACAUGUUCGACACGUUCACGUCCACAUGGGCCAACUGGACCAUGGCUGCCUACCCGGGUUCCACCCUGGGAACUGACAUUGUGUUUGGGGCCAGCCGGUACACCCCGCAGACCGGAAGCACUGUCUACGCACUUUCGGUGACGAUGAAUGACUUGCCGGCCGGGGGCCGUCAUGCGGCCGUGACUCAGAAGAAGGUCAAGAUGUGCCCGGGUUUCGUGUACGAGCUCACCUUCAGCAUGGGUUACGUCAACCAAGUCAAUGACGGCGCGGUUACCAGCAACGCCGACUGUACGGCACGGUGGUUGACUGGACCGCCGAGCGCCUGGAACGUCAACGACAAUUUCCAAUCCUCGGCCAGCUAUUCGAUCGGGGCGAGUAACCCUACCUACGCGACAUUUGGACCGUGGACUCUCAACGUAAAGGACGGCGACGCGGGAGUGACCAAGAACAAGGCGAACCUUUACAUUGACUUGACGGCUGUUAUUUCCUGCAACACCCCUCUCGGCGGCACUGGUCAUUUCAUUAUCACCGACGUGGAGAUGAAGCCGGUGCGUCAAGUGACGAAAAGAUCUCCUACGAUCGGUGAGCAAACGGCCGGUCUUGCCUUGGAGCAACGAGGCAGCAGUGCUACCAACAUUUCAGCGGCACUGGCGCCCUAUUAUCCGGCCCAGGGAGAGGGUGAAGAGCUCGUUGAGACCUUCAACUUGGGUCCCGCCGUGAAGGGGAGAAGGAGCUGGGCCGCUGGCUCGGUGUAAUUUUGGCCCGUGACAACUAUACAGUAGUUAUCCUUUGUGUAGACAUUCAUUUCAUGUGUAUCAGUUAUUAAUAUAAUUACUCUCCGGGCCAUUCUUCAGCUCGCGAUAG